GUCGUUCAUCUAAACCGCUGUUUGAUUGGUGGGUUGAAUGCUGACGCAGGAAAGUGACGUAGAGUAUCAUCAGAGAAGGUCGCGGAAAUUUCAACGCUUGGGGUAUAUUUUUUUUUUCGUUUCCCCCAGAAAGAUAUUGUUUGCCUUUGGUCAUGACGACUCUGGACGACAAGCUCCUGGGGGAGAAGCUGCAGUAUUAUUACAGCAGCAGUGAGGAUGAGGAGAGCGACCAUGAGGAAGAUGAAGGCCAGUCCAAAACCAUCAGGGAGCAGGAAGUGCUGCAGACUGAAAUCGACUAUAGUCCUGAUGGUACUGCUGUUAACACUGGCCCAAAAGGUGUGAUCAACGACUGGAGGAAGUACAAGCAGCUGGAGACGGAACAGCGAGCCGAGCAACAGAAGGAGAUGGAGCGGCUGAUCAAGAAGCUCAGCAUGACCUGCAGAUCGCAGCUGGAUGACGAGGCGGACAAGCAGAAGCAGAAGGAGCUUCAGGACAAGAUCAAUGGCAAGGUAACGCUGCGAGUCGACGAGGAGGAGGAGGACGACGACGAAGCCUUCCUCCAGCAGUACCGGCUGCAGCGCAUGGAGGAAAUGAGGCGGCAGCUGAGCGGCGGGCGACGUUUCGAGCGCGUCAUCUCCAUUUCCUCGGGCGAGGAGUUCCUGCACGCCAUCGAUGAGGAGGGCAGAGGCACUCUAGUGCUGGUGCACAUUUUCGAGCCCGACGUGCCCGCCUGCCAGGCCAUGGAGGGAAGCCUGAUUUGUCUCGCUCUGCAGUACCCAGAGGUGAAGUUCUGUGCGGCGCAGGGCUCCGUGCUGGGCACCAGCGCUCUGUUUCGCAGCUCAGCGCUGCCCGCACUGCUGCUGUACCGCGGUGGCGAUCUGGUGGGCAACCUGGUACGUGUCUCCGACCAGCUGGGCGACGACUUCUACGCCACCGACGUGGAGGCAUUGCUGCAGGAGUACGGCCUGCUCCCCGAGAUAAACCCACACACGACCACACAUUCGUCCAUCCGCACCGGCAACACCAACGACUCCGACAGUGACCUGGAUAUAGACUAAAGGCAAACACGCAAUAUGUACACACUGCUACUCAAUAACUCAGUCGCUGGCUGAAAUGACCAAAACCAGUCACAUCUGAGUACUCACACUCUCUCUCUCACACACACACACACACACACACACACACACACUUAACCCUCCAGCAACUUUCACAGUGGCCUGGAUGUGGACUAUGCACACCUAGUGUACACACACACACACACACACACACACACACACACACACACACACACACAGGCAACUCUAUAACAGCUCAUGAGCGUUUGAAGUGACCAAAACAAAUCUCAGAUAGAUGGACACACACACACACACACACACAACUUUCUUUUGAUCCCUGCUAUUAUGUGACUUUAAUUAGUGGACCUGUUCUACAGAAUUUUAUACACAACUUGAUUCACUGGACCAAAACAAACACAAGAAAACUUGUUGCAGGAUGUUCAGGUGUGUGUGUGUGUGUGUGUGUGUGUGUGUGUGUGUGUGUGUGUGUGUGGUGUAGACAGAGAUAAGAAUAGAUGAGGGUCAUUUGUUAGUGUGUGUACAUUUUGCAUGUCCUCUGAGAAACGCUAGAUUUUCUUUUGGGUACCGAGGUGAAGGUUAGUCAUGCAUUGUUUAGCUACAGUCAUACACAAGUCGGUGAAAAUCCCUAAAGAUCGUCUGAGACUGUUUCAGUAUGUAAUCAUUAUCAGAACCUUGCGAAAUGUGUUCCUAUCUUUUAUUUUAAUAUGAAAGCCUUCGUUUGUGCUCGACGCCGUCUUGGAGGUCAGACAUCCAUCUGUGUGUAACUAUUUAUUCUAGUUUUAGUUAAAUGUGUCAGGUUUGUGUUUUUUUGUUUGUUUGUUUUUGUUGUUUUUCUAUGUGCAUUGUUUUAGCUUUAAAUGGGGAACCUUUUUGUCUGAGACACUUCUGUUAGUUUUCUACAUUUUAUAAGUGUCCAUUAUGUCAACAGUGGAAAAAAUAAAAACAAAAUAGCUUGUGA